AGGAAGAUUUUGAGCUCACGGAUCUCAUUUGAAAAAGUAAAGGGAAAGAGCAUUUGAGAGAGUGCGAAAAGACUUGGAGAAGAAAUAUUUGAGAUCAUCAUGGUGAGAGCUCCUUGCUGUGACAAAGUCGGUCUAAAGAAGGGGCCUUGGACUUCUGAAGAAGAUCAGAUUUUGAUCUCCUACAUCCAAAACUAUGGCCAUGGCAAUUGGCGUGCGCUUCCAAAGCAAGCCGGUCUGCUACGAUGUGGGAAGAGUUGCAGACUCCGCUGGACAAACUACUUGCGGCCAGAUAUCAAGAGAGGAAACUUCAGCAGAGAAGAAGAGGACACAAUCAUUAAGUUGCAUGAAAUGCUAGGGAAUAGGUGGUCAGCCAUUGCAGCUAAAUUACCAGGACGAACUGACAACGAAAUAAAAAAUGUCUGGCACACCCACUUGAAGAAAAGACUGAAACGAAACCAGACAAACCCAGAAACCAUCCUGCAGUCUACGAACUGUGAUUCCAAUGCCCAAAGCCAAUCGCAAUCCUCCAACUUUAAUCUUGCUUCCCAUCAAGGGUUUGAGAGUCCAGCAUACACAUCAACUUCACCUCAACCAUCUUCUAGUGAUUUUUCAUCGGCCACGGAUGCCUCAGUUACGUUAAACAUGGAACCAAAUCACAAUUACAUGAUGAGCCAUAUUAAGGCUGAAGACAUGGACUUGUCGGGAACUUUUCCUGAGAUUGAUGACAUUAGUUUGUGGUUUGAACCACCACUGCCCGAGAACACCAUGGCGCCGUUUGAUUUACCGGGGAUCACCGAUGAAUCACAAGCUCAGUAUCCGCCCUUCAAUUCAAUCGAACAAGUGGAACCAGGCUAUCCUUAUGGCUCAAUUAUUGACGAUGGCAUGGAGUUCUGGUACAACCUUUUCAUCGGAGCCGGGGGUUCACCGGAAUUAUCAGAAUUUUGAAAGUCUCUCUUUCUGUUUGGCGGUUUGGAGGAUUUGAUCAAUGGCUUUCAUGGUAUCACGUUUUGACCGUUGCAACAACGAAAGGACAGCACUAAUGUUUAGUGUGGGGCAGAUGUGUCUCCAAAGUCCAAAAGCUGUAAUUAAUCAUCCAUUGAAAAACUAAAAUCAGGUCUUGGCAAUGAGGAAAAAUACAUCUAAACUAGCCGGUAACAAUUGUGGUGAAUUGAAAGGAAUUAUAGGGAAAAAAAGAGAUUAAUUACUUAGAAACAGCUUUGUAAAGUGACAGGAGGACUGCGUACAGAUCAAGAACAGAGUAUAUAUAUAUAUAAUAUAUCUUCGCAUUCUAAUCUUUCA